ACCAACACACACACACACACACACACACACACGCACACGCCAACUCGCCACAAAACACACCAAACAAAACCACACACAACCGCCUCACAGCGCCAUCCCUCCACACAUCGCCAAGCAAGCCUCCGCACCCAUUACAACGAUCACCAACACACACACACACACACACACGCACACGCCAACUCGCCACAAAACACACCAAACAAAACCACACACAACCGCCUCACAGCGCCAUCCCUCCACACAUCGCCAAGCAAGCCUCCGCACCCAUUACAACGAUCGUCCUCUCCACCAGCACAUUAG